GUAGACGGCGAACAGAUAUUUUCAUUGUCCGUCGGAUUUCUUUUAAUAAUUCUUCAAAAAAGUUAAAUUUCUAAAAUUUUAAAUCUUCCAAAAAAGUAGGAAUUCUGUGCAAAAGAGUGGUUGUUAGUACAAUAUUGCAGUGCAACAAGUAUUGUCUUCCGUUUGCUUAACUCGGUAAGGCAGUGCUUUGUAAUAAUACGCUGGAACUGCUGAGUUUGCAGAACAAGUUCUCUGCCGCAUAACGAGAUUUUGGUUUUAUUSUAAAGCCUGAUUUACUGAAACUAAAAAAAUCUAAAAAAAAAGUUACUUGGCUACUCCCACUCCGUUAGCCUUAUCGGCGAACCAACUUCGAAUGAGGAAUUUUAAUAAAAAUAAAGCAAUACAUACGCGAAAUAACAACUGAAGUAUAUUAGUGCCAGAAACCGUCAUUGAAAACAGUCGCGCGAAUUUUAAACAAAAAAAGUAUUAUAUUUAUUAAAAACCAGCAUAUAGCGUUUGAAAUAUUAAUAAAAAGUAGUAAAUAAACGUUAAAUUUAGUUGUACCAAACUACAAGUACAUAAAGAAGCAAAGGAAGAAAGRGUAAAUUAAGUGUGCACCAGAAUACACUACAACCCUAUAGUGGGAAGAAACAAAAACAAUGAUCCACAAGUGAAGACAAUCACCCAAAAGCGAUAAAAAAAUGUUUGCAGUARUGAAAAGUCACGACCGCUCAACCAAUUAGGAACAAGAAAAACGCUAUAUAAUAACAAAGAAAAUAAUUUUUUUUUGUGAAGUUUUGACAUCAAAAACGGUUUAAAGAGACACAACAAAUUGUCGGAAGUGUCAAAAAUCGCGUAACUCAAAGGCAAAAUGCCCGCAAAGGCUAAAGUCCGUGGUGAAUAAGUAAAUACACAUUUUAUUGUCGUUGGAUGAAGACAGCAAAAAAUUGUCGCCAGCUAUAUGAAAAAUAGACAAAYGGCGGACAAUGACCUACUUAGAAAGUAGCUGCUGAUUUGUACACUAAAAGUUCUUUUUAUGUUUACUCUGUUUAGUUAUUUGGAGCUUAAGUCUUGCAUCUUAGAAUUCUCGUAACCACGGUUAUAACGGCUACUCACCAACGUCAUCUGCAGCGUGCCACAGAGUUUGUGGCGGAAGUGCGUUUCGUACGUACAAUUCGUUUUAAUGUCGGUACUGCCCCCAACACAAGCCACACCACCCGAAGCAUUGUCAAAAAUAAUAUUUAUAACGAUAAUGCCAAACGCCGCCAGCGAGCGGCAAUCCAAUGCAAAAGCGUGCAACUGAUGCUACUAUGCGGUGGAGCACAGUGUGUGCGACAAACACGAUAAACAAAAGCAACAUUAAUAACAAAGAUAGCAACACAACAAAGACAAUAAUUAAAAUAUUUCCUUUUAUUUGUGUGUAUUCGAAAGCAAAUCGCCGCGAAUUAAAUACAACAGAAAAACAAUCACAUCAAACGCGACACUAUGGAUGAGGAACGGAAGAGACGCGCCCAGGCAUUGGAGCGUGAGAUGCGUGAUCCACACAGUAUUUGCAACAUCGACUGCCUACUGGAUACAGUGAAUGCGUUGGUUAACGAUUGUGAUCAUGAAUCAUUGAAGCGUCUAAAGAAUAUCGAGCAAUAUGCCACCAAAUAUAAGCCGUUGUCAAAGCAGAUUUGUCAGCUGCGUAUGAAUGUCGAAGACUUUGAUUUUAUCAAAUUGAUCGGCGCCGGCGCCUUUGGCGAAGUGCAACUGGUGCGACAUAAAUCCUCGCGGCAAGUGUACGCCAUGAAGCGAUUAUCCAAAUUCGAAAUGAUGAAGCGUCCCGACUCCGCCUUCUUCUGGGAGGAGCGUCACAUUAUGGCACACGCCAACUCAGACUGGAUCGUGCAGCUACAUUUCGCCUUUCAGGAUGCCAAAUAUUUGUACAUGGUCAUGGAUUAUAUGCCGGGCGGCGAUAUUGUCUCGCUGAUGUCCAUGUAUGAGAUACCGGAGAAGUGGGCCAUUUUCUAUACAAUGGAGGUUGUGCUUGCGCUGGAUACCAUACAUAACAUGGGUUUUGUGCAUCGUGACGUGAAGCCCGAUAAUAUGCUGCUCGAUCAUCAUGGCCACUUGAAGUUGGCCGAUUUCGGCACAUGUAUGCGCAUGGGUCCCAAUGGCUUGGUGGUGUCGAGCAAUGCCGUCGGCACUCCGGAUUACAUCAGUCCUGAGGUGUUGCAAUCGCAGGGUGUGGAUAAUGAGUAUGGACGCGAAUGUGAUUGGUGGUCGGUUGGUAUUUUCCUGUACGAAAUGCUUGUUGGCGAUACACCAUUCUACGCGGAUUCGCUUGUGGGCACAUACGGUAAAAUAAUGGAUCACAAGAAUUCGUUGAGCUUUCCCGCUGAGGUGGAGAUUAGUGAGAGCGCCAAAUCGUUGAUGCGUGCGUUUCUCACCGAUCGCACACAGCGUUUAGGUCGACAUGGUAUCGAUGAAAUCAAGGCGCAUCCGUUCUUCGAAAACGACACUUGGACGUUUGACAACAUACGCGAUAGCGUGCCACCAGUAGUGCCCGAGCUGUCCUCAGAUGAUGAUACGCGCAACUUCGAGGAUAUCGAACGCGAUGAGUCGCCAGAGGAGGUGUUUCCCACACCAAAAUCGUUCGAUGGCAAUCACCUACCUUUCAUUGGUUUCACAUAUACCGGCGAUUAUCAGCUACUUUCGAAUGAUACUGUCGACGCUGAGGCAAAGGAGUCGGCGAAUACGAUCGCCAACCACAGUCACCGGCAUCGUCCUUCCAAUUCAAAUGAAAUCAAACGUCUCGAGGCAUUGCUCGAACGCGAGCGCAAUCAUUCCGAAACGCUGGAGAAGCAAGACAAAGCGCUGCGUCAACAAAUCGAACUGAUUAGUAAGCGUGAAGCUGAAUUGCAGCGUAUCGCCUCAGAGUAUGAAAAAGACCUGGCGCUGCGGCAGCAUAACUACAAAGUGGCCUUGCAGAAAGUCGAGCAGGAGAUAGAUCAACGUAAAAAGACUGAGGCACUGCUCGCCGAGGCGCAGCGCAAUCUCGACAACGAGCAGAAAAUACGCACACGCGAGAUGAACAAUAAUCUGCAUCACAAUGAGAAGAUCGUCACGCUGGAGAAACAGCUAAAGGAAAUGGAGGAGAAUUUCAAAAACGAGAAUGAGCAUGUGCAAAAGCUCAAGAAACAGGUGGCCGAAUUGGGUUUAACACAACAAGAGUUGGAGGGCAAACUGGCGCAAUUGCAGGCGUUGAUUGCCACCUUACAAUCUCAAAAGGACGCGCUGCAACAAGAAGUAGCCGAAACGCAAGCGCAGCUGGCACAAGAGAAAAAUGGGCGCUCACAGCUGAAAGAACAGGUCAAGGAGUCUGAGAAUAAGCUGCAAACCAUGGCGAAUGACUUGGAACGCGUGUCGCAGCGCGAGCAGCAAGCGCACGAGGACAAUCGCGUGUUAACCGAAAAGAUCUCUGAUCUGGAGAAGGCGAAUGCUAGUCUGGACUUUGAGCUCAAGGCGUUGCAGAGUCGUUAUCAGCAGGAAGUGAAGGCGCACCAAGAGACCGAGAAGUCGCGCAUGCUUAGUCGCGAAGAGGCGAAUCUGCAAGAGGUAAAAGCGCUACAGACCAAGCUGAACGAAGAGAAAUCAGCGCGCAUUAAGGCCGACCAAAACUCACAAGAGAAGGAACGCCAGUUAAGCAUGCUGUCCGUGGACUAUCGUCAAAUACAGCAACGCUUGCAAAAGUUAGAGGGGGAAUGUCGCCAAGAAACGGAGAAAGUAAUGGCGCUGCAGUCGCAGAUAGAACAGGAGCACUGCAAAAAGAACACACUGCUAUCCGAGCUGAGUUUGCAGAGCUCCGAAGUGGCGCACUUGAAAUCCCGCGAAAACCAACUGCAGAAGGAGGUCACCUCCUUACGGGAGGCGAAGCGUAAAUUCGAAGAAGAAAUUUCGCAAAUCAAAAACACGUUGAACAAAGAAAUUCUCUUGAAGCGCGAAUAUCAGGAUCAACUGGAAGCCGAACAGUAUUUCUCACGCCUAUACAAAACGCAAGCGAAUGAACAUCGCGAAGAGAUAUCGGAGCGCUGCCGUGAAAUACAGGAUCUGAAAGAGGAACGCACGUCACUUAAACAUCAAGUACAAGUGGCUGUGGCACGUGCAGACUCUGAAGCGUUGGCGCGCUCCAUAGCUGAGGAGACCGUGGCCGAUCUGGAGAAAGAAAAGACAAUCAAGGAGUUCGAAUUGAAGGACUUCAUGACCAAAUAUCGCAAUGAAUUGGCAGCGAAGGAGGCGGCUAUUACAACGGCUAAGGAAACCGAAACUGAGUAUGUCAAGAAAUUGAACCAGAAGAAUGCGGAAACCGACGAACUCUUGCAACAGCAAAAGAAACUGCAAGACGAAAUGUCGCAACUACGCGCCACCAAGGACGAAGAGCUGGCCAAGCUAAAGGAGAAACUGCAAACCGAAAUGCUGCUGAAACAGGUGGCUGUCAACAAACUGACCGAGGUGAUGAAUCGGCGCGACACGGACUUGCAAAAGCAAAAAGGCAAAGCGCGCUCGUCCGCCGAGUUGCGUAAGAAGGAGAAGGAAAUGCGUCGGCUGCAACAAGAGCUCUCGCAAGAGCGCGAAAAAUACAACCAGUUGUCGCAAAAACUGCAAGACGUGCAGAGCCAGAUCAUCGAAGACAGUCAUAUCAAGCAAAAGCUACAAAUGGAAAUCGACUGCAAAGCCACGGAAAUCGAGCAGUUGCAGUCGAAGCUCAAUGAAACCGCCUCCUUGUCGUCAGCCGACAAUGAUCCCGAGGACACUCAAGUGCUUGACUCGGUGUUCGAGGGCUGGUUAAGUGUGCCAAAUAAACAGAAUAUACGCCGUCACGGUUGGAAGCGGCAAUAUGUGAUUGUGUCAUCGCGCAAAAUUAUCUUUUACAAUACCGAAAUCGACAAACAGAAUACAAUCGAUCCUGUGCUUAUAUUAGACUUAAGCAAAGUAUUCCACGUGCGUUCUGUGACGCAGGGUGAUGUGAUACGCGCCGAUGCCAAAGAGAUACCACGCAUUUUCCAGCUACUCUAUGCCGGCGAGGGCGAAGCGCGGCGUCCAGACGAACAAAAUCAGCUGGAUAUCAGUCAGCUGUUGGCGGACGAACGGCCCAGCACCAUUAUGUAUAAAGGUCACGAAUUCGUGCACAUAACGUAUCAUAUGCCAACGGCCUGCGAGGUCUGUACAAAACCACUGUGGCACAUGUUCAAGCCACCAGCGGCGUAUGAAUGUAAACGUUGCCGCAAUAAAAUCCACAAGGAGCACGUAGACAAUAACGAUCUGCUGGUGCCGUGCAAGCUGCAUCACGAUCCGCAUACUGCCAAAGAAAUGCUGCUGCUGGCCGGCACGCCCGACGAGCAGCAUCUGUGGGUGACACGCCUCUCCAAGCGCAUACAGAAGUUCGGCUACAAAGCCAACUCGUCAUCGAACAAUAACAGCGGCGGCGGCGAUGGCAGCAAAAUAUCGCCAAGCCAAUCGACGCGCUCCGCUUACAAGCCAUACGCAGUUAACGUACAAAGAUCAGCCACGCUGCCAGCCAAUUCUUCAUUGAAGCAGUGAUCCGCUAAAGCAAUCAAAUAUUUUAUAGAAGACAAAUAUGUAGACAUAUAUAUAUAUAGUAUAUAGUAGUAGUAUUAGUCGAGCGAAUGACGUUGAGUGAAAUGCUGCAUGUGCGUAGGCUGUGUGUACGUGGAAAAAACAACAAAAAAACAUUAAACAAAAACAAUAUAUGCGCGUAACUCGUGGCAUAUUUGAUGCAUAUUUAAACUUAUAUAUACGAAUUUAUAUACUUGUAUAUUAGUUUUUCACUAGUUUAAAUCCAUACGCACACGCAGUCCUAAGCGCGCAUUUGACGUUACAUACAUACUUUCACUUAGCAUAUGCUCUUAUGUAUUUCAUAUUCGAUGGAAAUGCAUACUGUACAUACAUACAUACAAAUAUAUAGUACAUAUGACUGUAGAAUGAAGAAGAAGCAGCAGAAACUAAUUUACUUUGCUGGUAAAUGUAAUAACUUUCCAUAUCAUAAUUAUUAUGUUUGUUAAAGCUAAAAUGUUGAGUUGACACAGAAUAAUGUUUAUAUAACUGUCAUAUCACCUUAGCGCCGCCAAUUUACAUACAUACGCAUUACUUCCUGUAUGCUAACGCCGUAUGCAAUGCAAAAGCAAAAGCUAAUUAGAGUUUAUACAUACACACACAUACAUAUACAUAUUAACUUAGCGCGUCGUUAUGUAAGUCAAUUUUUUAUACAGUUAUUAUUAUUAUUAUUAUUUAAUAUUACAUAAGUAGUGAAAUAAGUAAUUUGCUUUUGUAGCGUUAUAAAAACAAAAAAAAAAAUAUUUACAGUUCACUUUUUAAGCGUGUGAAAAAGUAUGAAAAGUUAAAUAAAAAAUCAAUAAAUAAAAAAUGUGAAAAUUGAAAAAAAUAUUUAUAUAAAUCAGAUGUUCUAUUAAAUAACACCAAGAGAUCAUUGCCAAAUUUUUUGAAACUGAAAUGUAACUAGUGUUUAGUUUUAAGACAUGGCCACCACAUUCGAUGCAAAAACGUGAGAAACUCUUUUGAGCGCCAAAUUUGUAAAAUGUAUAUAAAAUUUACAUAAUUAUAUACCUGUUGUUUUAUAAAAUUUAAAAUUUAAAA